AUCGGGCCUCAGCCUACUCGAGCUCCGAUCCUCUCCCUUCUCCCCCAUGGCCACCUCAUUUCUCGAACAGUACGAUGCACUGGAUGUUAUAGGAAAUGGCUCAUUUGGAAUAAUUCGCAAAGUUAGAAGAAAAGCGGAUGGUUCAAUAUUUGCAAGAAAAGAACUAAACUUCGAGCGGAUGUCAGAGCGGGACAGGAAGCAGAUCGUUUCUGAAGUUAAUAUAUUGAAGGAUUUACACCACGAACAUAUUGUGCGAUAUCACGACCGAUACGUCGACAGAGAUGCUGGCAUACUCUACAUCCUCAUGGAAUACUGCGGUGGAGGUGAUCUCUCGACAAUCAUCAAGCAAGCUCAGCGAUACAACCGCUCGAUUCCUGAAGACACCAUCUGGAACUAUUUCAUGCAAAUACUCCUCGCCCUUCAACAUUGUCAUCAUCCAAAUGGUCAUGGUCGUAAUGGUAGCAGCGGCACCAGCGGAUUCGAGCCUGACUCAACUCAGACUCAGCGACGAGCACAGAUCCUACAUAGAGACAUCAAGCCUGACAAUAUUUUCCUGGACGAGAACAAUACCGUUAAACUCGGGGAUUUUGGCCUUUCAAAAGCCCUUCCUCAUACAACUUUUGCCAAUACUUACGUCGGGACACCCUAUUACAUGUCUCCCGAACUUAUGCAAGAAAAGGCUUACGAUUCGAAAUCUGAUAUAUGGUCACUAGGUUGCUUGAUUUACGAGCUCUGUGCCCUCAAGCCUCCAUUUCAUGAGGCAAAGACUCAUGCAGAAUUGAGUAUCCUGAUUCGCAACGGACGGAUCCCGCCUCUCCCAAAAGGGUACUCUCAAUCAUUAGGGGGCGUAAUAAAAUCAAUGUUGAACUUGAAUCCUGCAAUGCGCCCAUCAGUAGCCCAGUUGCUUCAACAUGAACGGCUGGAUCUAGUUCUCAAGAUCUCGGAAGCAGAGAAAAUGUUUACAACCGUGAAGUCUCAUAGAGCCAAUUUAGUAUCUCGUGAACGCGAGCUUGUAUCGCGAGAAAAAGCCGUUCAAGAACGCGAACAGUACCUUUCGAUGGUCGUCUCUCAGAAAGAUGCUGAGAUAGCUUCAUUGCAACAAGCUAUCGCUCAGACACAGGAGCACCAGCAACGAGCAGACGGAGUUUUAGAGACAGCCGUUCGCGAAGCGAUUUCCAAGCGGGAACAGGAAUUACGGGUGUUGGUGUUGAAACGAGAGGAGGAAGUUGCUACUGCUAUGGCAAAGCGUGAAGAAGAAAUCAUUGCUUCUGUAAACAAGAGAGAGAAGGAGCUAAACGACGCUUGGGUUGCUAGAGAGGAACAGAUCAGGAAGGAAGUUGAAGAGAGAGCGAGGUGGGUGGAGGAAAGGGCGAACUGGGUGGAGGAGAGAGCGAGUUGGGUGGAAACUCGUGAGGCGGAGCUGAAGGAAGCUGAGGGUUGGCUGGAUGGUGUGAGAACUGAGCUGGAGGAGGAGGAGAAAAGAUUGGAAGAAUUCCGAUUGACAGUGGAAGACGAUAAGAGGAAAUGGGAAGAGACGGCUAAGAAUAGGACGACAUCCAAAGGUCGGACAAGUAAACCACCUCUUGAAGAGGUGAAGAAUCUGUUGGAACCACUUCCUCGCCUGCCAACUGACAACACAGAGAAUGAUGCCACUCCGGUGACAGCAAUCGCGAAACCGUCACGGAAAAACAAUAUUAAACCACGCUCGCCGAGUCCCUUCCCUGGACUUGCAACCCCAGCACCACCGCCAUCGCGAGCCCGACCUCUACCUCCUGCCUCAGCGAUGAAGGGCAUCGUACUCACCUCCACUGGCGAGGUACUGGCGACGCCUGCACCGGGACCAGUUCCCUUUACUCCUAGUCCCCCCGGCGCCACCAUCACGUCCACUGGGCUUCCAAGUGUCGAUCUGACAAAGUUGUUUGUUGAGAGCCCUAAAGUCGGUCUCAACUUUGGAAAGAUAUUUGAGGAGCAAAUUGAUGGCAGUGUUGAUGAUGCCGAUCAAGAGCAAUGUACAGAAACGCUAUCCAAGGGGUGGGAAGGCGUACGGACGAUCAACCCCAAUACGGAACACGACGUUGAUGAUGAUGAUGACGACGAUGACAGCCCUCCUCCGAGCCCGAGUUGGAGGAAGGAAAAGGAAUCGAGUCGGACUGGUUCUCGCUCGUGGGGGAGGGAGACUUCUUCGAGGAGAAUAGGCAAGGGUCGGGAGAGUGACACCGACAACCAGAAAUCAAGUGGAUCGUCAAAUGGAUCAACUUCAAAGAAGCAAGGCAGUGCCUUAACAGCGCCCGCAACUCGAUUGAGACGACCGUCUAUCAGACGCCGAGGCUCUGGAGCUUUGCUGCCAGGAUCAGUUUCGGAUCCAAUGAAUCUGAAUAACAAUCGUUCCUCAUCACAGAAAGCUGUUCCAUUACCGUUGCCGCAUCCGCACUUGCAUUCAAAUUCCAACAGUUCUGAAACACCUAAGAGUGGUGCCUCUUCUACACGAGUUAUGCAACGGACGAAUUCGGCACCUGUCCAGGCUGCUGGACCGGAGUACGACCACCUGGAUGAUGAGAACCUUCCUAGUCCAUUCCUGAAACGGGGGGAGAAGGAGAGAUGUCAGUCUAUGAAUUCCGUUGGGUUUAAUAGUAAUAAUCCAACGGGGACUGUUGCUGGGAGGAAGCGAAUGAGCAAUGGUAAUAAUCUGUUGCGUGCCGUUGCUGCAGUCAAUAAUAUCGCUGCACACGAGAGAGGUGGACCGGGGCCUGGAAAUGCAACGCCAACGGCUGGAGCGUCGAGAGCUUCGGUGCUGAGUGCCCGGAAGGCCAGUGAAGAAACGAAGAAGGCGUUGUCGCGGUAGAUUAUAUUUUCUUUUGUUUAUGGGCUUGUCUUUUACUCUCAUGUGAACAUCUCACUCUUUCGAUAUUCAUCUUCUUUGGCAUGUUGACAUUGUACUCAUAGUCUCUCGUAUAACGACAUUCAUGUAUAAGGUAUUAUUUCAUUCGGGGUUAUUCAAAACUCUAUCUCUUCUGGUGCUCUCUUCAUCCUGUAGAUCCGUCAACUACUGGCAG